AUUAGGAUUGCGCUGGAGCUGGAAGGGCCGCGCUAAAUCCAAGGACGACAGCUGGAGAGUUGAGGCGGCGGCUAUUUUUCAUAGCACCCAGGCCCCGCCACCCCCGGGAAUUAGGACUAUCUCCUUCAUGCCGCCCAUCCUGGGCACCCUGAAGAACUGCUAUUCCCAGAAACCUUUGCGGCAGUCCGUCUUGGGCUGCCGGAUGACGUCACUUCCUCCCGCCGCUAAGAUGGCGCCGUCCGAAAGGGCGCGUGGGGAAGGCGUCGAGCCGGCUGCGCCCCUCGGCUAUGCGGCUAUUCCAGUUAAGUUCUCUGAAGAGCAUCAUUUCCCUCACUACCUCUAUGUAAAGGAGCACAAAGUCAGGGAGGACACAGAUGUGAAGAGGCCUCAAAACCGCACACUUUUUGUCUUGAAUGUUCCCCCAUAUUGUACAAAGGAAUGUUUGUCCAGGCUGUUCUCGAGCUGCGGUUCUGUACGCUCUGUGGAGAUGUGUGACAAGCCAAGUCUGGGAGAAAAGAAAGAAAUGCCCAAGACGAAGUUUUUCAACACAGAAGCACUCCAGGGGUUCAAGGUCGCUUAUGUUGUGUUCAAGAAUCCUGCUGGGGUGCAGGCUGCCAAGUCCUUAUCAACAAAAGACCCCCUGGUGAUAUCUUCCCAAAGGCACCCUGUGCAAAUGGGCAUUCACAAAUGGAUUGCUAGAUAUGCAGCUUCAGUUGUGGAUCCUGCUGAGCUGAAGACAGAAGUGGAUGCUUUCAUGCAGGCCUAUGACAAGAAGGUUGCAAAGGAAGAAGCCAAAGCUGAGAAGGAAGAUGGCAUCCCGGAUGAGGAAGGGUGGGUGAAGGUGACAAGGAAAGGUCGAAGGCCUGGGCUCCCUCGGACUGAAGCAGCCAACUUGCGGGCACUGGAGAGGGAGAAGCGCAAAAGGGCACGCAAGGAGCUGCUCAAUUUCUAUGCUUGGCAGCAUCGUGAGACCAAGAGGGAACACAUAGCUCAACUGAGGAGGAAGUUUGAAGAGGACAAGCAGAAAAUUGCUCUCCUGCGGGCGCAGCGGAAGUUUCGGCCCUACUGAGUUGCAGAUCUACAGCUAUUCUGAAAAGAACGGCAGCCACAACUAUCUUCUGGAGAAACAGGCUAAGGAGUAAACCCUGCACAAAUCCAGAAUGAAGUCCUUAAGACAGCUGGAUGGCACCCUGUACACCUCCUUCCGGCAACUACUGCAGCCACGCUGGUGAACCACAUCAGAGAGGCCGAGAAGGGGGACAUCAUCUGGUCAGUCCAGAACCUCCAUGCACUGCCCAGGGUUGUGCCACGGGAAGGUCACUUAAGUGCUGCUAACGCAGCCGUUUGACUUCACCCUGGAGGUGCACUCCAUUGUCCCUCAAGACAGACGGAUGCCAACAACAAACUAGAUUGGCUAAGCAUGUGGCUAAGCUGGUAUUUAGCACAACCUCAAUAUAUUUUCAUGAUUUUUAAAGCAGCGAUGCUCCGCGGACCCAGAUGGAAGUAGGCCUACUGAAAAUAGGAGGACUUCAUUGGAAGUAAACAUGGUAAACAUGCGUAAGGCUGCACUGCACUUGGAAUACUACUCUGCAACUACUCUGUAUUAUAGGCACUACAGGAGUGCUCUAGAGUCUAAGGAGGACUGAUUCAGUCUUACGCUUAGGGCUGAUCAGUGAAGCAAUCCAUUUUUCUUCAUUCUCUGCCCCUGCCUCUCUUUUUCUCUCAGGCAGAUCUACUAGGCACUGGUUACAUCUGCAUGUCACUUACCUGAUCAUCAGUAUAUCAGCCUCGAUUUUCUUCAGGAUGUGGCAACAUUGAUCCAGAGACACAAAACUGUGGUUCUGCUACAUAUGAUAUAAAAUGACAAAUAAGGAACAUAAUUCAUCUAGUCCGUUUGACUGGCUUAGCACACAAGGGGUUUCUUCUAUGCUGCCCCUUUAUUCUGUGCUGGGGGAGAGAAAGUGGAGCAGGUCACCCCACUUUACCCUCUGUUGCCAAUCAAUGGGCAGGGGGGCAAUAGGAGGUGCUCCACAAAUGGCAUUGUUCAUGCAAAUACCUGGCCACAGGUCAACAGUCUUUUGGUCCUAAGGCGAUUCACAGGAGACCCAUUGAAACUGAAAUACCAGUUGUCUACAAAAAUGCUUUCCAUCAGAAAAGCCCUAUGGAGUUAGCCAGAAAUAGGUGGAAAUUAAAUAUUCCCGUGUUCUGCAAUCUAGCCAACAAAGGCUCUCACUGCAACUUUUGUGACGAGGAAACUAAGGUUAGAGGACCAACAUUAACAAAGCUAGCCCAUGCCUGAGCAGGGCUUUGAGCAAGGACUAAUUUGUGUACCUCCAACACCCUUUGGGUGGAUGAAAAAUACAGGGGGAAACAUUCAAAAAACUAGAUCAGAACUUACCACAAGGACCCUUAAAUCUCUGUUAUAAACCAAACCUAAAGAAAGAGAAGAAUCACAUCUCACAUUUUGUACAACUUGUUUUUCUCCAAACUUUCCCCUGGCUUCUUUCUCUUAACACAACUGAGGGGGGAGGAAGUUAUUCUAUAAAUGGUAAGUUUAACCGGCUGUCACAAUUAAAAUUUAAAUACCUGGAAA